AUGCCAAAAGAAUCAAUUAUUCCUACUCCAGACCAACUUUCCGGUGCCGUUGAUGAGACGUCGGUGAACCAAGAAGAAGGAAACUUGAGAUACGCUGCUUAUGCCAACCGUAUUAGAACUAUUCUCCAAGCUUCUCAUAGAUAUGUCGCCUACACAUCCGAUAUUGGCGAGUCAUUCCGCCCGGUCGCCCAUCCAUACCUUGUUACGAUGGGUUAUGCGGUCUCGUGGAUGUAUCUUGUGGGAGAUUCGUCGUAUGCGGCAUGGAAAGUGAAAAUGAAGUCGGAGGGACGUUACUUGCCCCACUUGAGACCAUGGGACUACCCUUACCCUCCACCAAACAAGCUUGCCGCAGAAGCAUACAAGUUAGAGUCCUCCAACAGUUUGGCUGAUACCGACUGGAGAGUGAUGUUUGUCAAAAGAGGUAUUUUCCAGAGCAUAGCUUCGAUGGCGUUGCCUGCUUUCACCAUUCACUCUGCAGUGCGGUACUCCUCUGUGCUUUUCAAAAACAGUGCCAACAAAACCAUGAAGACUUACGGACCAGUGGCUAUUGGUCUCGGUAUUGUUCCUCUAUUGCCUUACCUCUUUGACGAGCCAGUCGAGCACGCUGUUGAUUGGGCUUUCGAGAAAGGUGAAGAAUUCUACAAGAACAAAAAGUUCGAGUGA